UAACACCUGUGUCGGCGCUGAUGUGGGGGAAGUCGGAUCGUGACAGGCUAGCAGCAGCGGACUGUAAACAUGGCGGCGUGCACAGCUACAGGGCUGUGCCGCUUACUCCGUUACUAUUAGGCUGACAAACUGAGACAACCCAAAAAUGGAGACUGAAGAGGAGCAGCACAUAACCACGCUGCUCUGUAUGGGUUUCCCAGACCCCGACGUGAUUCGGAAGGCGCUCCGGUUGGCAAAGAAUGACAUCAACGAGGCAGUAGCGCUCCUGACGAACGAAAGCCCCGGGCUCGGGUAUGGAUAUGAGCCGAUGGAGAGCGGGCCUGCGCCCGGCUUGGGCUCGAGCGGAGAGGGAGAAAAUAGCGGGAGGACCGGGACGGGAGGGUUUGACCCCCCGCCCGCAUACCACGAUGUUGUGGAUAGCGAGAGGAGCAAUGACGAAAAUGGUAACUGCUCUGGUGGCAGCAUGGAAUUCCCUACCACAAACCUCUACGAGCUGGAGAGUCGAGUCUUCACUGAUCACUGGUCCAUUCCUUACAAGAGAGAGGAGUCUUUGGGCAAAUGUCUCAUCGCGUCCACCUGCCUCGCCCACCAUGGUCUCGCUGACGCUGACGAGAACUGCAAACGGUUUAUGGAGCGAUGUAUGCCAGAGGCCUUUAAAAAAUUGCUGACCAGCAAUGCUGUACACAAGUGGGGCACUGAAAUUCAUGAGGGCAUCUACAACAUGCUGAUGUUACUGGUGGAGCUGGUGGCAGAAAGGGUCAAGCAGGAUCCUGUACCUGUGAACCUGAUGGCUGUUUUGACUAUGGCCUUUAACCCAGAUAACGAGUACCAUUUUAAGAACCGUAUGAAGGUCUGUCAGAGGAACUGGGCUGACGUUUUCGGAGAGGAGACCAACAUGUUUGCCGUCUCUCCUACCAACGCAUAUCAGAAGGAGCCUCAUGGGUGGCUGGUGGAUUUGGUGAAUCGGUUUGGAGAGCUGGGAGGAUUCACUGCCAUCCAGGCUAAACUGAACACUGACGAAAUUGAGAUUGCUUGUGUGUCUGCUCUGGUCCAGCCACUUGGUGUAUGUGCAGAAUACCUUAACUCCAGUCUUGUUCAGCCCAUGCUGGAUCCAGUUAUCCACAAGAUGAUCACAUAUGUUCAGAACCUAGAGGAAAAGGAUCUUAAAGACAAGCGUCUGGUGAGCAUCCCAGACCUGCUGUCAGCCAUCAAGUUGCUGUGUAUGAGGUUCCAAAGGGAGCUGGUUGCUGUGGUGGACGACCUGCGGCUGGACACGCUGCUGCGGAUGCUCAAAACCCCUCAUUUCUCCACCAAAAUGAACUCCCUCAAAGAGGUGACAAAGUUAAUAGAGGAGAGCACCGUGUCGAAGACAGUUAAAAAUGCCAUUGAUACGGACAAACUUCUAGAUUGGCUUGUAGAGAACUCAGUUCUGUCAAUAGCACUAGAAGGUAACAUUGAUCAGGCUCAGUACUGUGAAAGAAUCAAGGGAAUCAUUGAACUUCUAGGGAGUAAAUUGUCCCUGGAUGAGCUUUCCAAGAUCUGGAGAAUACAGGCAGGCCAGUCAUCAACUGUGAUAGAAAAUAUUCAUACAAUCAUUGCUGCUGCUGCUGUGAAGUUUAGCUUUGAUCAACUCACCCACCUCUUUGUGCUAAUACAGAAGAGCUGGGAGAUCGAGAGCGACCGUGUGAGGCAAAAGCUUCUUAGUCUGAUCGGGAGAAUUGGCAGAGAAGCUCGCUCUGAUACUACAACUGGAAAGGUGCUGGAGGUGCUGUGGGAAUUAGCACAUCUCCCCACCCUGCCUACCAGUCUAGUUCAGCAGGCACUGGAGGAGCACCUGGGGAUCCUGAGUGACGCCUAUGCUGUCAAGGAGACGGUGAAGCGCAGUUACAUUAUUAAAUGUAUUGAAGAUAUCAAGAAGACUCACACUCAGGAGGAGAGUAAGGGCAGCGACACACAAAGCUCAUUUCUUACUGGCACUUGGGGAAAGAAGAAAGCUAACUCUUUGGUCAAAGCCUCUCAGCAGAGUCCUCAGACAGUCUGGGUUGUUCCUGCUCUGCGUCAGCUGCAUGAGAUCACUCGCUCCUUCAUCAAGCAGACCUAUCAAAAACAAGACAAGAGCAUAAUCCAGGACUUAAAGAAGAACUUUGAGAUUGUCAAACUCAUCACAGGAUCUCUCGUGUGCUGCCAUCGAAUCGCUGUGACCGCUGCAGGAAAUAACGGCCUUUCGAGCUCAACCAUGGUAGAUGGACGUUACACCUACCAAGAGUACCUAGACAGCCACCUGCGCUUCCUGGCAUUCUUCCUCCAGGAGGCCAGUCUCUACCUGGUCUGGAACAGGGCCAAGGAGCUCUGGGAGUGUUUGGUGUCAGGGCCGGAUGUCUGUGAACUUGACCGUGAGAUGUGUUUUGAGUGGUUCACCAAAGGACAACAUGACCUUGAGAGUGAUGUGCAGCAGCAGCUCUUCAAAGAGAAGAUCUUGAAACUAGAGCCCUAUGAGAUCACCAUGAAUGGUUUUAAUCUGUUUAAGACCUUCUUUGAGAAUGUUAACUUGUGUGAUCAUCGACUAAAACGCCAGGGGACUCAGCUGUGUGUGGAACGCCUUGACCUGGCUGGGAUGGAUUUUAUUUGGCGCAUCGCCAUGGAAACCCCUGAUGAAGAAAUAGCCAAUGAAGCAAUCCAACUUAUUAUAACCUAUAGCUACACCAACCUCAAUCCCAAAAUGAAGAAGGAUUCUGUGUCUUUGCACAAGAAGUUCAUUGCUGAUUGUUACAAGCGACUGGAGGCAACAAGUUCGGCCCUUGGUGGGCCUACUUUGACGCAUGCUGUUACCAGGGCAACCAAGAUGCUGACUGCAACUGCCAUGCCAACUGUGGCCACAUCUGUACAAUCACCAUCCAGGUACAAAGGGGGGUUUGGAUCCACUAAGCUGGUGAUCAUUGAAAGGCUGCUGCUACUGGCUGAACGCUAUGUCAUUACUAUAGAGGAUAUGUACUCAGUUCCUCGCACUAUUCUACCUCACGGGGCCUCGUUCAAUGGACACCCUGUCACUCUUCACAUCACCUAUGAGUCAACCAAAGACACUUUCACCCUAGAGACCCACAGUAACGAGACAGUAGGAAGUGUCAGGUGGAAAAUAUCUGAGCACUUAAGCUGUCCAGUGGAUAAUGUCCAGAUCUUUGCCAAUGACAGUGUGCUGACCAUGAAUCGCGACCAGAAGCUACUGUCCCAGCUUGGCUUCAGCGAUGAGCAGAGCCUGACUGUGAAGAGUUCAGGCACCGGCACUCCCUCCGGCAGCUCCGAGUCUUCAGCCUCCGCCUCAAGCAGUUCCAGCUCUGCUGUUUUUAAUUCUGCCUAUGCCUUGGAGCAGGAGAAGUCCCUGCCUGGUGUGGUGAUGGCUUUGGUGUGUAACGUUUUUGAGAUGCUUUACCAGUUGGCAAACCUAGAUGAGUCCAGGAUUACACUACGUGUGAGGAAUCUACUCCUGUUAAUACCAACAGAUCCAGAAGUACAAGAUGCACUUGACAACUUUGUUCCCAAAGAAUCUAGUGUCUGGAGCCAUCAGAAAACCCUUUUCACACUUGGCCAGGGUACAGGCUCACGUUCUCCAUCUAUGGUGUCCAAGCAGCAGCACCAGCCCAGUGCUGCUUCUAUACUGGAAUCACUGUUCAGGUCCUCUGCUCCGGGCAUGUCCACCUUCAGAGUGCUAUACAACCUGGAGGUAUUGAGUUCAAAGCUUAUGCCCACGUCUGAUGAUGAAAUGGCCAAAACCAGUAGCAAGUCAUUUUGUGAGAACUUCCUAAAAGCAGGAGGCCUCAGUCUAGUGGUGAAUGUUAUGCAGAGAGAUUCCAUCCCAUCAGAAGUGGACUAUGAGACCAGACAAGGAGUUUACUCAAUCUGUCUACAGUUGGCCAGGUUCCUUCUCGUUGGUCAAAGCAUGCCUGCAGUGCUGGAUGAUGAUGUCAUUAGGGAUGGGGAGGCGCUAUCGUCCCGUCCUUUUCGUAACGCUGGGCGGACCGGGAGGCAGCUGUCUCUCUGCGGAACUCCAGAGAAGUCGUCCUAUAGACAGAUGUCCUUGUCUGAGCGCUCGUCCAUUAGAGUAGAGGAGAUCAUCCCUGCUGCCCGUGUAGCUAUUCAGACCAUGGAGGUGGGUGACUUCACGUCUACCGUGGCCUGUUUCAUGCGUCUGACCUGGGCAGCGGCUGCAGGACGAUUGGAUCUUGUUGGCAGUCCACAGCCAGUCAGAGAGACCCAUGGCUCACUUCUGCCUCAGGGAGUUCGCACCAGAGUCAGCAGCACCGGAAGUAACUGCAGCUCCAGCAGUGAGGGUGAGACCACGCCGACAGCGUUACAUGCUGGGAUAUGUGUCAGACAGCAGAAUGUCUCCAUCAAAGAUGCCAUCAUUGCCCGCGAGGCUCUGUCACUGCUGGUUACCUGUCUGCAGCUCCGCUGUCAGCAAUUCAGUUCUUUUUACAACCUUCCCUCUGUCAAUGAUUUUAUCAUUGAUAUUCUGCUGGGAUCUCCCAGUGGCGAGAUCCGACGUGUAGCAUGUGAUCAGUUGUACACGCUGAGCCAGUCAGACACGUCAGCCUUCCCUGAUGUUCAGAAACCCAACUUAUUCAUUCUGUCAGUUGUACUUGGUGCUCAGCUGCCACUAUGGAGUCCCACGUCAGUCAUGAGAGGUGUCAACCAGAGGUUGCUUUCCCAGUGCACAGAGUACUUUGACCUGAGAUGUCAGCUUUUGGAUGACUUAACCACUUCAGAGAUGGAGGCGUUAAAAGUGAGUGCAGCCACAAUGCUGGAGGAUGAGAUCUCUUGGCUGGACAACUUCGAGCCCAGCUGGAGCUCUGAAAUGGAGACCAGCGAGGCAGACAACAUCCUCCUGGCGGGACACCUUCGACUCAUCAAGACAUUGCUCUCACUCUGUGGCAACGAGAAGGAACAUCUUGGCCCAUCUCUAAUCCAGCAGUUGCUGGAUGACUUCCUGUUCCGUGCUUCACGCAUCAUCAUCAACAGCUCCAAUCCCACACCUUCUUCGGCCCCCAGCCAUGACUUCCACCCCAAGUGCAGCACAGCGAGCAGCAGACUGGCAGCCUAUGAGGUGUUGGUCAUGCUCGCUGACAGCUCUCUCUCAAACCUCCAACUGAUCACCACAGAGUUAUUGUCCAUGCACCACCAGUCAGACCCUUCCCUUUGCAAGGAGUUUGAUUAUCUACCCCCAGUAGAGAGCAGAUCAGUGUCUGGUUUUGUUGGGUUGAAGAAUGGAGGAGCUACGUGUUACAUGAAUGCUGUGUUUCAGCAGCUCUACAUGCAGCCUGGCCUGGCAGAGGCUUUUCUAUCCAUUGAGGACGACACGGACCAGCCUGAAGAAAGUGUUUUCUACCAGGUCCAGUCUUUGUUUGGCCAUCUGAUGGAGAGCAAACUGCAGUACUAUGUACCAGAAAACUUCUGGAAGAUCUUUAAGAUGUGGAACAAGGAGCUGUAUGUAAGAGAACAGCAGGAUGCCUAUGAGUUCUUCACCAGCUUGGUGGACCAGCUGGACGAACACCUUAAGAAAAUGGGUCGAGAACAGAUCUUCAAAAACACGUUUCAGGGAAUAUUCUCAGACCAGAAGAUCUGUAAAGACUGUCCUCACCGAUACGAGCGUGAAGAAACAUUCAUGGCUUUGAACCUUGGAGUGACUUCAUGUCAAAGCUUAGAGAUCUCAUUGGACCAGUUUGUUCGAGGGGAGGUGCUAGAGGGCAGCAACGCCUACUACUGUGAGAAAUGCAAGGAGAAGAGAACCACAGUGAAAAGGACAUGCAUCAAGUCACUGCCCAGUGUUUUGUGUAUUCACCUAAUGCGCUUUGGCUUUGACUGGGAAAGUGGGCGCUCCAUCAAAUAUGAUGAACAGAUCAGGUUCCCCUGGGUGUUGAACAUGGAGCCCUACACUGUGUCUGGCAUGGCUCGUCAGGACUGCAGCGGCGAGGCCAGUGAGGGACGGAGUGACAGCACCUCAGGAGGGUCACCCAGGAAGAAAGUCACAAUUUCUGAAAACUAUGAGCUUGUUGGAGUUGUUGUCCACAGUGGUCAGGCACACGCAGGACACUACUACUCCUUCAUUAAAGACAGACGCGGGAGCGCUCGCGGACGUUGGUACAAGUUCAACGACAACAUGGUGGAAGAGUUUGACAUGAAUGAUGAAACUCUGGAGUAUGAAUGCUUUGGAGGAGAAUACCGCCCCAAAGUUUAUGACCAAUCCAAUCCAUACCCUGAUGUGCGGAGGAGAUAUUGGAAUGCCUACAUGUUGUUCUAUCAGAAGAUCAGUGACCAGAAUUCACCUGUUCUGCCCAAGAAAAGCAGAGUCAGUAUCAUGAGGCAGGAAGCUGAGGACCUCACGCUGUCUGCACCGUCUUCUCCUGAUGUUUCCCCACAGUCGUCUCCUCGGCCUCCAAGGGCCAACAACGACCGGCUUACCCUCCUCACCCGCCUGGUCCGCAAGGGCGAGAAGAAGGGCCUGUUUGUAGAGAAGAUGCCUGCCAGUAUCUACCAGAUGGUGAGAGAUGAGAAUCUGAAGUUUAUGAGAAACAGAGACGUCUACAACAGCGACUACUUCAACUUCACCCUCUCUCUGGCAUCUGUCAAUGCAACAAAACUGAAGCAUCCAGAUUACCAAGCUAUGGCCAAAGAGAGCCUCCAGCUGGCUGUUCACUUCCUUUUCCACACCUAUCUGCACACCAAAAAGAAACUCCGGGUGGACACAGAGGAGUGGAUGGCCACAGUGGAAGUGUUGCUGUCUAAGAGCAGUGAGGCCUGCCAGUGGAUGGUGCAAUACCUGGUUGGACCAGAGGGAAGAGAGAUCACCAGGGUCUGUCUGUUGGAGUGCAGUGUGAGGGAGGUGAGGGUGGUGGUGGCGUCCAUCCUUGAAAAGACUUUGGAGAGUGCGCUUCACUUCGGAGAUCCCAGACUAGACGGUUUAACUGACGCUCUGCUGUCUUUAUUGGACAAAGAUGUUCCUGAGAAUGUGAAAAACUGUGCUCAGUACUUCAGCCUCUUCAGUAACUUCGCUCAGAGGGGCUGUGGUCCUUGCCAGUUGUUGCUGAAACACUCAGCUUAUCGCCGGAUGGUCAUUUUCCUGUUGGGACCCAAUAGACAGAACAAUCAGAACCGGCGGUGGAGUCCAGCUCAGGCUCGUGAGUUCCUCCACCUACACAGCACUCUUGCCCUCAUCACUCUGCAUUCAGACGUUGGCACCCAGCAGACUCAGGCUCCAGGAAGCUUUAAGCUGCGUCUGACUAGUGUCCCGUCCUCCACCUCCCUCCUCCCACUCCAUGCUGACAUUCUGGCCUCACUUUACACUUCAGAGGGGCAGCCUUACCUUCUGGAGGUGAUGUUUGCCAUGCGGGAGCUGUCAGGCCCUCUCUCGGUCCUGAUAGAGAUGGUGACUUACUGCUCUUUCUGUAAUGAGCCUUUCUCCCUGGGUUUGCUGCAGUUACUUAAGACCCAGCUGGAGACCGCUCCACCUCAUGAACUGAAGAACAUUUUUCAGAUGCUGCAGGAGCUACUAGUGGUGGAAGACCCUCUACAAUCCCAAAGACUCAAAUAUGCUUUUGAGUCAGAGAAAGGCCUGUUAGCUUUGAUGCAUCAGAGCAACAAUGUGGACAGCAGACGCUGCUACCAGUGUGUGAAGUUCUUGGUCACAUUAGCCCAGAAGUGUCCACCAGCCAAGGAUUACUUCAAGGACCUGUCUGGCCACUGGAGCUGGGCCGUACAAUGGUUACAGAAAAAGAUGACAGAACAUUACUGGACUCCACAGAGCAACGUUUCCAAUGAGACCUCUACAAAUAAAACCUUCCAGCGCACAAUCUCUGCACAGGAUACCUUGGCCUAUGCCACAGCGUUGUUAAACGAGAAGGAGCAGUCUGGCAGCAGCAACGGCUCCGACGGCAGCCCGGCCAACGAGAACGCCGACCGCAGCCUGCGACAGGGGUCAGAGUCUCCCAUGAUGCUCGGUGAUUCAAAGAGCGAUCUAGAAGAUGUCGACCCCUAGUUGCAGGAACCCUCUGAAGGAGAGGCGGCAAGCUCCAGGCAGCCGAUCCAAAGGGCUGCACUUUGCCUCUGAUUGGUCUGGACAUUUGGGACUCCUCAACAAGCCAAUCAGAACUCAUUGUUGCAAACGCUAUGGCAGCGAAGGAGCUAUGAAUAAAUCAUGAAUUACUUCCUUUGAGAGCAGCCAAGGCGAUGGUUGAGAUGGAUUAUCAUUAAGGGCAGCAGAGUUGGUCACGGUGGGAAGCACCACAGUGACGAAUGACUUCAGUUUAUCUUUUUAUUCAUUCAUUCUCUCAGAAUGACAACACGGUGGAGGAUGGGUUUGGGUUGUGUUUUAACAAUUUUCUGCUCAUAUUUGCCAAUUUAUCGACAUAGACAUAUUCAUAUUGUAAAGAUUUGUUCCAUAGGUGUAAUUUCCAGUGUAAGAUAAUGUUUUAAAGUCUCCUGUGCUCUUCUCCUCAGCCAUGCAAAGCGCGAGUCAUUAGCUACUCUAGAGGAACUCCCAGACACGUGCACUUGUACAGGAACACCUCCACAUGCAAGCACGUGGGAGGGGGGGGGCGGGGGUUGUUCAGUAUGCACUUUAUAGUCCAUUGUAGUCUAUUGUGAUGUACAGCAACACUGGUCGGUUCCUCUAGAGCCUCCUCGCGAUCGCGUCCUCCACUUCUUUUGUUUUUAGCCACUUGUAUUCAGUGCCACAUGGACGCCCCGAUAGCAGGACGCUCUGCCUGUGUCAUGACCUUUGACCCUUGGCGACCACGCUGUCUCCUCGGGGGCGCAAUACAGGACCGGCCCUGUCCUAGAAGCAGGACAGAUUCAGGCCCUCAGCAAAUCUGAAGCUUGCAGUGCCGCGGUCAGCACUCCUCCCUCUGCUUCUGGCUGACAUGCAGGAAGCAAGGCCGCCACCCCCCCAACCCCCCAACGCCCCCGUGCUGCAUUUUAUCCUUCUCGUCUCGUUUUAUCUUUGGUUGCCACUUUUCUCCGACUCUGCUUGGAUCGGUUAUUGGAGAGACUCAAGCCUUAUGCAAGAAGAGCCUAUCUGACGGCGUGCAGACCGGCCGCGGUGGGCCAUCAGUGCCGACUGAGGAGGAGCUCAGGAGCCCGGUGUAACGUUUAGGUGCCAAGGUUAACUCACACACAGACACACACUUUGAUUGAAGUGACAGACAUGCAAACAUGUGGCACUCGCUCACUUCACUUGCAAACACAAAGCACAGGUCCUCCUUGCCUCGCUGUUACCUCUGCUUUAUCAGGUUUGGUUUUUGUGAGCUUUGUUUUUUCAUUGCUUUGAUUUUAUUUUAUUUUUUUUUUUUGCUGUCAUGUACCUUUGGAAACAAACACAGAGGAGCUGAGCCCAAAUGUAGCUCUACUGUCACUCAAGAACCUCAUUCAUUGUGUGUCCAUCAUGUCCAGCCCAAACAUCGGGAGACUUGAAGUGCCUUAACCUCCCGAUUGCUUCCCUUCCCACCUCUGACAUCUUCACAUUGUUAGGGGAAGUGUGUGACCGUUACCUCCUGUCGUCAAAUCUUCCCAUCAUAGGAGUGCAACAGGGCUUCUUCAUCCCCAUUCGACUGGAAAAAUACUACAGGGAACAUUUCCACUGUGUGUUGUGACAAAGGAUUGUAGGAACGUCACAGCUGGUUUUUCAUUGUGUGUACAGGGACGGGUCUGAGUUCUACCCUGAUAGAACAGGGUUCUAGUGACGCUAAAAUGCUGCUUCUUUUCCCUCUGCGCUCAAGCAGAGACCCUUAGUAGGAACUGGUUUGCGCUCACUUGUUUUUAAGAACCACGCUUUCACUCAGUUCUCAGACAUGAGCCUAUAGUAGCUUAGCAGACUCACUCUCAGCUUUAACAGGUCAAUGUUUACAGUGAGAGGACCUACGAGGCGAUCAUGCAAAGCGGUUUUCUGUUGGGAGCCGUCGUCGAAUCAGUCAGUCACAGCUUCUCUGUGUCCUCGCAGCCCGAGGCGAGAGGCGACGUUCUCCCACGCCCUCCCAGCUCCAUCCUCCUCUUCAUCUCACUAGAUGUGAAUGUCACGUUGUGUACUCCGGCACGUUUGCAUGUGUGGCAGUAAGUGGUGGUGAGGUUCGUCCUUUCUGUGUGAUGGAGUUAAACAAAAAACAGCCCCCCUCCCCGUGUUGCUUGCUGUGUAAUUUGGUCAUAACGCGCGGCCCGUUCUCUGUGGCCGCUCACGUGCCGCCCGGUGGAGCUCAUGCAGUCUGUGCCAAGUCAACGUGGCCAUAGCAGUUUGCUGAGACUCCUGGGUUCGCACCUCUGCUACGUCACAACGACUUCAACCAAUAAGAGAUAAAAAAGGAACUUUGAAGCAAUCGUUUGUUUUAAUCCUGGGGUGCAGGGAGGGGUGGGCCGGCGUGGGGGGUGGGGACAGGCUCUAUACGGGUUUUUACGGUCAUUCAAUUUUGAAGAUUCACUUCUGCCAUCGCAGGAUGCUGUAAUGCAUGUUAAAACUCAGUUUUAAUUUGUACAUCAGAGUUUGAUUAAGGGGAAAUUUGAUAUAAAAUAAACUGGAAUGCACAACCUUUUGUAAAA